AUGGUGAAGGAUACUGAGUACUACGAACUGUUGGAUGUCCAGCCAAAUGCGUCUGCAACAGACAUCAAAAAGGCAUACCGCAAAAAAGCGAUGCUGACGCAUCCUGACAAGCACCCUGAUGAUCCAGAAGCACAAACAAAGUUUCAGGCGGUCGGGCAGGCUUAUCAAGUGCUCAGUGAUCCGGAGCUGCGUUCGAGAUACGAUCAGUUUGGUAAGGAAGAAGCUGUACCUCAGCAGGGCUUUGAAGAUGCUGCGGAGUUCUUCACAACAAUAUUCGGUGGGGAGGCCUUUCAAGAUUGGAUAGGUGAUUUUUCUUUCCUCAAAAACCUUACAAAAGGAGCCGAAAUCAUGGGCGAAAAUGAUGAGAAGACUGCAGAAGCUUCAGGGGCCACAGGCGUGGAAGGACAAAAGGCUGAUGGGCCCACAGACGUUGUGCAGCACAACGGCAAAACCAACAGCUCUAAGAACUCCGACAAACUCACGAAGGAGCAAAGGGCAAAACUGGUAGAAAUGGAAAAUGAACGGAGGGCCGAAAAGAAGAAACAAGUUGAAGAACUAGCUCGCAAAUUGGAAAACAAGAUCGACGAGUACCUUGUGAGCGUCGAGAGCCACAAUUUGGACAACUUCGACCGCAAGUUAAAUCGCGAAAUCGAAGACCUCAAGUUGGAAAGUUUCGGACUUGAGCUACUGCAUCUGAUAGCCAAGGUAUACAAGACCAAGGCCAGCAAUUUCACUAUGUCUCAAAAGACCCAUGGCUUCAGCAAGCUGUUCACAGGCGUACGCGAUAAAACGAAAUCAGCCAAAUCCGCCUGGGGCAUCCUGUCGUCUGCUAUGGAUGCCCACAGUGCAAUGACAGAGCUAGAAAAGCUAGAUUUGGAUUCUAUGGACGACUAUGAACGUGCCGAAGUUGAAAAAGUCAUCACUGGUAAAGUACUGGGCACGGCAUGGGUGAUGUCAAAAUUCGAGGCCCAAGGCAAGUUGCGCGAGGUAUGCGACAAACUUUUGACUGACAAGACUGUUCCUACCAAAAAACGGCUAGCCAAGGCAAAGGCCUUGAUUUACAUUGCAGACAAAUUUGGUUCUGCCGUCAGAUCCCCCGAUGAAGCCGAAGAUGCCAGAGUCUUUGAAGAGAUUAUAUUUGAUGCACAGGGAAGCAAGAAAAAGGCCAACUUCAAGAAGAAGGAACCCACCGUAAAAGCCUAA